ACUUCGGUAACUACAAGUCAGCUUGAAAUGGAAACCAAACUUCAUCACUAACAAAUCUCCUCAUAAACCCUAGAUCUUCCAAUGCCGAUGCCUUCAUCUAGAAAGUUCUUCCAAGCUCGUCCUCAAUCUAACUUGGUUCGUAGAUCAAUCCUGCUAACACUUUGUUUCGUGAUCGGAAUCGCCAGUUUGAUAUUGUUCGGUAUUGUUGUUUCAAGAGGACAAAUCGGAGGAGGAAACAAAUGUAAGUACAUUAAACCUCUAUCGGUGUCUGUGGUUUGGGAUAAAAGUGGUGCUUCUACCGGAGGAAAUGAAAGGGGAGGGUUAGUGUCUGAUGGAGAUCAGAAGAGACAUAAGGUGAUGGGAUUUGUUGGAAUUCAGACCGGUUUUGGAUCGGUUGGUCGACGGCAAUCGUUGCGGAAGACUUGGAUGCCUUCCGAUCACCAAGGCCUUCAACGGUUGGAAGAUGCCACUGGCUUAGUCUUCAGGUUCAUCAUUGGCAAAACUGGUGACGCUUCAAAAAUGGCGGCGCUUAGGAAAGAGGCGGAGGAAUAUGACGACUUCUUGAUGUUGGAUAUCGUAGAAGAGUACAGUAAGCUCCCAUACAAAACGUUAGCCUUCUUCAAAGCUGCGUAUGCACUUUACGAUUCUGAGUUUUAUGUUAAAGCUGAUGAUGACAUAUAUUUGCGACCAGAUCGUCUCUCACUGCUCCUGGCUAAAGAGCGUUCUCACUCGCAGACUUAUCUUGGAUGCAUGAAGAAAGGUCCUGUGUUCACUGACCCAAAACUCAAAUGGUAUGAACCUCUAGGAUACAUGCUUGGGCAAGAGUACUUUCUCCAUGCUUAUGGUCCAAUAUAUGCUCUUUCGGCAGACGUUGUUGCAAGCUUGGUUGCAUUAAGAAACGACAGUUUCCGGAUGUUCAGCAACGAGGAUGUUACUAUCGGUGCAUGGAUGCUUGCAAUGAAUGUCAACCAUGAGGAUAACCGUCAACUUUGCCAACCAGAAUGUACUGCUACAUCGGUUGCUGUGUGGGAUAUCCCCAAGUGUUCAGGGCUAUGUAACCCCGAAAAGAAGAUGUUGGAACUUCAUCGAAUAGAAAGCUGUGCAAACAGCCCAACUUUGCCAUCUGAUGAGGACUAGUACUACCAGGUGCAUUAUAAUUAGUCUUCUCAAGUAUACCCUUUGCUUAUUUACUACCACUUAGAUCAAAUUUUAUGUGUUUGUAUCUCAUUCUUUCAUUAUACACCAACCCGAUGCCACGAAAGUUUUGAAGUGACGCAGAUUCGUAUGUAAAAAAAACCAAAGUCGUAGAGGUCAGAAAAUCUCUCUUUCUGGGAGCGUUACACGGCUGUUGUACUUCCACUGGAUAUCUUGUUAACAUUAAGAUGAGUAGCGUCUAUUGUAUUCACACGAUGCUUCUUCGUUUUUAACAUCCAGGUUACUCUUUUUAUUGUGCUAA